GUAAACGGUGAACACGGCCAACGUUAGUAAGUGAAGGCGCGCGCGAGGGUUUCUAGAAAACCGGAAUUUCGGGAAGAGUAAAAGAGAAAAACGUGCAGAAGAAAAGGAAAUCACCAAUAACAAUAAUAAUACCCCACACGAUCGAGAGACCUCUAAAGUUCUCCGCGGAGUCUAAAAAGUGCGUUCUUCAGGCGAAGCUUAUGUGAAUGCUUUGGCUAUAGUGUUUUCAGGUUCUUAUUGAAGUACACACCAAAACAAAAAAAGGAAGAAGAGGAAACCACAAGGUGGUUGUGUUGGUGUGUUCAGCUGAAUCAAGGUUCUAUCUUUGGACCUCUGUGUGUUAUUAUUUUACUGUUUUUGUUGGUGUUGUUGUUGUUUCCCUGCGAGUCCAACUUGCUCGGCACGGUGUCCAAUAAAUCGGUAAUAGUGGAAGUGGCGACCUUUAGGCGACUUUUGUCUUUCUCGAAGGCACAUACGGAGCAACAGGGGAAAAUAAGAUUUCCCGCUGCAGAAGCCGGGCGCGCAUUCUCUCCCUCUCUCAACCAACCUCGUUGAAUCGCUCGCUCUCUCGCGCAGCACAGCUGGGGAUUUGAAACUGCGGUGCGGGCGCCUCUUCCAGCCCCAGGGGGAACACCGAACCAAUCGCGCAUUAGUAUCGACUAGUGGCAGGUGCUGAUAAGACGUCGUCCAGUGCGAUAAAAGCGAAAAUGUCCAGCAAGAAAGACAGUACGGCCUCGAACGGGAGUGCUACAAAGUACGAAGCCCGUUUGUGUCACGUAGUCAAGCGACCGGAUUUCGACGGGUAUGGAUUCAAUCUGCACGCGGAGAAGGGCCGACCGGGUCAGUAUAUUGGCAAGGUCGACGACGGGUCUCCAGCUGAGGCGGCCGGACUGCGUCAGGGCGAUCGGAUCAUAGAGGUCAACGGGACGAAUAUCACCACCGAGACACACAAGAAGGUGGUGGAGCUGAUCAAGGGAGUACUGAACGAGACGAAGCUGCUGGUGAUCGAUCCGCGGGCGGACGCUGCGGAGCUGAAGGCAGCGAUCGCCAAAAGCAAGAACGGCAGCAACGGAGUGGAUGUGAAUGAUAACAGCAAACAACAGCCAGCAGCGGAGGGCGAACACAUGAUGACCAAUGGAACGAAGGAUAGCUUCAACGAGAAUAAGCAUGAUGUCAACGGCACCAGCAACAACAACAGUAAUGAGGAUGUGAACAACAAGAAAAACAGCAGCAGCAGCAGCAGCGCCAACAACAACGUCGACACGAGUGCUAAUAAAUCGACGACGGCAAUGAUGAUGAUGACAAAUGGCGACGCGUCGGCGAAGAAGCAACCCGUUGAUCAGAUUAUCGAGGACACCAAGGCCUUGUCGGUAGCGUCGCCGGCGAAGACGAUGACGGAAUCCAACGGCAGCACCAAGCCGGCGAUGAAUGGCAGCAAUGGUAGCGCGAACGGAAGUGCAUCCAAGGAAGGUCCCAAGCUUAACCUCAAUAUGACCGCGGCCGAGCUACGUGCCCAGCUGGCGGCCCGGAAGAAGUACGACCCAAAGAACGACGUGUGCGAUUUGCGCAAAAAGUACGAAAUCAUUCAGAAAAUGUGAUAUGUUGCUUAAAAUAUACCUACGGCUGGGUUACUGGAAGAGGACGGCCCUAAUUUGGUAUGCAUUGAGCGCGCGUGUGCCCGCGAGAAUGCAAAAAAAAACACGCUUCACCCUUGAUCGGUUAGUUACUUAAAGGUAUUUUUUGUUUGCUUUGCUCUUAGAUUAGUCUAACAGCAGUAGUGGUGGCAAGCUUCCUCUUCCACUUUCCUCAGCAGUAGGAGGAAAGGACACCACCAGUACUCCCUACUCGAAUGCCCCAGAUCGAUUGUACAGAAUACCAUUGCGUCAUCAUCGCGCCCUAAAUUCCAGGGUCGAGUAGGGAACACAUAUCACGAUGGAUUAUUUGAUGAUUAGAGUUAGGCAAAGAGAGUAUCAAAUAAACUAGUUUUAUUACGAUUGUAAAAUCCUCACCUCACCGCGCGCGUUUCGGUAAGAAGACUAGCUUUGUGUGUAAUUGGAGAACGCCGAGAUUGUCGCACCAAUCGAACAUCCGUUAUCUCGUUCCGGAGGGGGGAGCACACGCGGUUCGGGUUCAAUUUCACCCGGGCGCUGAUAACGGGGCGCGAAUGUGAAAACAAAAGAGUAAAGAGCGCAUCUAUAAAAUUACACAAUAACGACAGCCACAACAAUCAGUGUACAAAGGAGAACAAGUUCUGUGUACACAGUAAAUUAAUUAGCAAUUGAGCGGCGCCACCCAACUUCGCGAGGAAUUUCCCACCCCGUCUAUGGGCAUUCGACAAACACAGGCGUUCGUUAAAUUUCGAUAUCAAAAACGAUUGAAGGUCAUUAAGUUCUUGAUAAAACGCAAGUGCGUCCGUGUGUGUGUGUGUGUAUUUGAGAAAUAACCUAAAUACCAAUUUGAAACACGAAACAAAAAAGGUGACAACGGCUGGACACUAUUUAAUUAGGACGAGAAUCGAUACGCGAUGAGAAAAACAAAAUACGGAGGCAGAAAAUCAACCUCAGCAGCAGCAAAACAAGAAGAUGAUAAUGUGCCAAAAUUUUAAACACUGAAAAGUUCGCUCCUAAAUGAUUGUUUUUCUUUUCUUGCUGUUGUCUACAAUUUGAGAUAAUUUUGUCGAGUAAAAGUUAAAGAAAAAAAUAAAGAAAACAUAAAGCAACUUAUACCGUAACGCAUGUAAUUAAAAAUAGAAAUACAACAAUAUAUUU